CCGACGAAGAGGUUUGCGUCCGUAGAAUGGAGUAAAUACACCUGCAUGUAGCUUAUCACUCACCCCCUCCCCACCAACAAAACCCUGUGUGUAGUUCUUCGCGGGACUCUUCUCGUUCUCAAUUCUCUCCUGUUAUUGUCGAUACCAGAAAAAUGAGAAACAGAGACAAGUCUAAAACCCUAAAUCAAUCCUCUGGGAAGUAUAAAAGGAAAGCUACGUGUGAAUCAGAAAAUGGGAGUUCUUUGGGGUCAAUUCAUGAUGCUGAAACACUUGCUGGGAAAUCACAGGAGGGAGUGAACAAACAUCUAAGACGUUCAAGUCGACUGGGUUCUUCAGAGAAGAAGGAACACAAUGAAUUUGCCCCGAAGAAUGACCCAAAAACAAAUGAAGAAGAAGUUGUGCAUACAAUGGUUGCACAGAAUGCUUCAAACUCUAAAGAUUGUUGUGGAGAUGCCAUAGGAAGUUCUCAAUUAGAAGUUGGUGUUGGAAGUCAUAAAGAUACCCUUUCCGAUGAUAUUGAAGACAUGAAUGACUCAGAUUGGGAAGAUGGUUCAAUUCCCAAAUUGGAUACUGUAGUUCAUUCUCCAAAUGAACGUAUGAAUGGGCUAACUAUCGAAUUUGAUGAACCAUCAGGUUCAGCUGGGCGGAAGCCUGUUCGUCGAGCUUCUGCCGAAGAUAAGGAAUUGGCUGAACUUGUGCAUAAGGUUCACUUGCUUUGUUUGCUUGCGAGGGGCAGAUUAAUUGACAAUGCCUGUGAUGAUUCUCUUAUUCAGGCUUCUUUACUUUCUCUACUUCCUACUGACUUAUUAAAGAUAUCGGAGAUCUCAAAUAUAACCGCAAAUGAUUUGUCUCCUCUUGUCACUUGGUUCCAUAAUAACUUUCAUGUCAGAAGCUUGGUUCGUGCUGAAAGAUCAUUUCGUACUGCUUUGGCCAUUGCUCUUGAAACUCAUGAAGGGACUUCAGAAGAGAUUGCUGCGUUAUCUGUGGCAUUAUUUAGAGCUUUGAAGUUUACAACACGGUUUGUGUCCAUUUUGGACGUUGCCUCCUUAAAACCCGAGGCUGAUAAAUAUGAACCUUCAAGCCAAGAGGCAGAUAGAGUGGGUGGAGGGAUAUUCAGUACUUCAACAUUGAUGGUGGCUAAUCCAAAAGGAGCUUCUGUUUCUGCUUCUCCGGUUAAAUCAUCCCCAUGCAGUGAGAAAUAUCAUCGUUGUGAAAUUUCUUUGAGGAGUUCACAAAGAAGUAAGGGUGGCUGCUCAACAGGCAAUGCCACUCAAUUCAGAUGUUCUACUUCUGUCGAUGAAUUGGCUGAUGAAAAAUCAAUCUGUCAGGUGCAGUCGGAUACAUUUGGACAAUCUGUUCCUAUGAAUUCUCAGGGGUUGAAGAGGAAAGGGGAUUUAGAGUUUGAGAUGCAGUUGGCAAUGGCUCUUUCUGCUUCUAGUGUUGAAACUCAUGCAAAUAUUCAUGGGUCAUCAGAUGUGAAAAUAUUAAAUGGUAAUAACUCAUUAGAAACAUCUACGCCUACAAAGAGAUGGAAAAGGAUCAAAAGAGUAGAACCUGCUUCUUGCUCCCAAGGACUUUCUACUGCACUUGGAUCAAGAAAAGUAGGGUCUCCACUUUUUUGGGCAGAAGUGUACUGUGAUGGUGAGAACUUGACUGGGAAGUGGGUGCAUGUGGAUGGUGUGAAUGCUAUCAUAGACGGAGAGCAGAAAGUCGAAGAUGCAGCUACUGCGUGCAAAACAUCGUUAAGAUAUGUAGUUGCGUUUGCAGGCCGUGGGGCUAAAGAUGUGACCCGCAGGUAUUGCAUGAAGUGGUACAAAAUAGCCCCAAAACGAGUUAAUUCAAUUUGGUGGGAUUCCGUGUUGGCUCCUUUGAGGCAGUUAGAGUCAGGAGCAACUGGGGGUACAAUUAAUUUGAAAAAACUCCAUAAUAAUGCCUCAGAUGAGCAAGAGAAAAUCAAAGCAUCUGAAUAUUCAGGUGAAGAUAGUUGUUCAAACCAUGUCAACUUACCUGAGAGGUCAGGUCAAGAAACUUCCAAAGAGUUCAGUAGUAAGGUCGAAGUUGAAUCUUCUGUAAAGAACUCUAUUGUUGCCACCAGGAACUCUCUGGAAGAUAUGGAACUUGAAACUAGGGCACUAACUGAGCCCCUUCCCACUAAUCAGCAGGCCUAUAAAAAUCAUGCAUUGUAUGCACUUGAAAGAUGGCUAACAAAGUAUCAGAUUCUACAUCCUAAAGGUCCAAUUCUUGGUUUCUGCUCCGGUCAUCCAGUUUAUCCUCGCACCUCAGUGCAAACUCUCAAGACAAAAGAAAGAUGGCUGCGCGAAGGGCUGCAGAUUAAAGGCAACGAGGUUCCUGCAAAGAUAUUGAAGCGUUCUGCAAAACCAAAGAAAGCUCGAGUUUCUGAAGAAGAUGACUGUGAUGAGAUUGAUUACAAAGGUAUUGAACUUUAUGGGAAGUGGCAGCUGGAGCCACUGUGCCUCCCCCAUGCUGUUGAUGGAAUUGUGCCAAAGAAUGAGCGCGGUCAAGUUGAUGUGUGGUCUGAGAAGUGCCUUCCACCAGGGACUGUUCACAUAAGGUUACCGAGGGUAUUUGCUGUUGCCAAGAGGCUGGAAAUUGAUUAUGCUCCGGCCAUGGUCGGUUUUGAGUUUAGAAAUGGUCAUGCUACUCCUGUCUUUGAUGGAAUUGUGGUCUGUACAGAGUUCAAGGAUGCGAUACUAGAGGCUUAUGCUGAAGAAGAAGAGAGAAGAGCGGCUGAAGAGAAGAAACGGAAUGAAGCACAAGCUACCUCAAGAUGGUAUCAGCUUCUGUCGUCUAUUAUAACUAGACAAAAGUUAAACAGCUAUUAUGGAGACUGUUCGCCAUCACAAGCAUCCAGAGAUGUCCAAAUUACAAAUGAAAUAAAAGCUCCAGUCGAAAGUAACCAAGAUGGAAGGCAAUCUACAGGCCAUCUGAAAGGAGAUAACAGAGGUACUGUGUAUGCCGCUUCAUCGGGAGUACUAGAUGUAGGGCAUGAACAUGUAUAUUUAACCAAAAAUGAAAGUUUCGAUGGGGAGAACUCAGUCACAACAAAGCGAUGCGAGUGUGGAUUUUCAAUCCAAGUGGAAGAACUAUAGCAUGUCAGGUGGUCAAUCCAAUAGUGGAAGAAUUGUCGGACACCAAUUUUGCAUAUAAGUGGACCAAGAUUGCUACUGGGAAGCUGCCUAUUUUGACAACCAAACUGGAUAUUGCUUUCUGGUAAUAUAAUACCACAUGGACAACUUCCAUUAUUUGUUUUAGCUAAGCUGUUGUAAGUAAUCAUGGACCAUCAAUGAUGAACGUACGUUAAAGACGAUGAAGUUUUAUUUUUACUUUUGUUCCCCCAGGUGAUCCCUGUUUGUUGUUUUUACACACAGAAACUGAGCUCAUUAUAAGGUGGAUUUGUAUUGUAUUAGGAUACAAGUUUGGAUGAAGUAGGU